CGAUUAAUGGGUGCCGAGAAUCUAUUGCUACGACAUGAAUGAAAUUCUGUGGCUUCUUUGCCAAAUUAGAGGUGCUUAUUUCCUCGAAAAAUCAGGAUUGUUCUUGUCUGUUUCUAUUAUUGUUUUACAUCUGCACCGGUUCUUAACAUCCCAGUUCGGCGCCAGAGACCCAGUACCAGAGCCCAACUCCAGCAACACGCUGGUGCUUUCGCUUACCCAUUUUAAGAGUUUCCUAAGAUGGAUUCUACUUCAAAUGGCGAAGAACCCACUUCGUGGGAAGAACUAUACAAAAUUAAUUUGAUGCCGUCGGAGUUGUUUUUGAAGUUCAGGAAAGAAGUUCAAGGUAUUCGUGUUGGUCUUAAUUUGGAGUUCUACAAUGCUCCCGCCAAUGAAUACCAAGCAAAGCUUGUGCUGAAGCCCUUAUCACCUGACCGAAGGUGGAAGUUCAUCUAUGAGCCUAUACAUCAGGAUGUACGCCUUCUUUCAAAGAAGAUCCCCAUCACCAAAUUUCUAAAUCUCCAGGUUGGCAUAGGCCACAGUUUUCAGUUGAAUGCAAUUGGUUGGAAAUGGAAGCUUACUACCUGUUUUGGUGGAGAUGGCAUUUCUCGGAUUCGGAAUAAGACAACACUUGGUUUGUUUCCUGGCAUGGAUUUGCGUUUUGGGUGGAGGGCGGACUAUGUUCUUCCUGAAAUUACUGGGGCUCUGGGUACCAGUGAACCAUUGUUCAACAUGAACUCUGGACGGUUGGAAGCAUCCCUUGAUAGAGUUGAGGCCAUAAUGACCCAUGGCGAUACGGCAUACUGAGCAGCUCAAAAAACCAGCUGGAUCAGCUGGAAACUAAAAAGGAUGCCAAGAUUCAGUAUACAUUAAAAAGAAGGUAAUGGAAGGGUCCAAAGUUGGAUUGUAUUGCCAUUGGUUGGACUUUUGGGGGGAAGCAUAGAUCUUGUUUUGAGUCUGAAAUUUUUUCAUGUAAAAAAAGUUCCUUCAUGUAACCAGUUUCAAUGUUCUAGUGGUCACUUUGUCUCUUUAAAGACAAUCCAACGAAUUUCGGAAGUGACGACUCUACUAUGUGUCAAUCACAUUGGUACUUUCCUAGCAAGCAUGUGUUUUC